CAAUAUUGCCGCUGGCUUCGUCUUUGCUCUGUGGUGAAUGUUUAUGUUUACAUGCCUGGAGGCAGAGUGUAACUUUCACGCUUUGUUUUAGUCUAAACACAGCGAUGUCCCGGUUAUUAAGUUUGUCCCCGGCUGUUAUUUUCUCCCGGUGUAAACACCGUCCUCAGAACAGCGGAUGUUUCUCCUCCGGGUCCGCGGCUCGGGUAAAGCAGCUGCUCUCUGGAAGAGUUCCAGCACAGCGGAGGACCCCGGCACUAACAUGGCGCUCUAAUAAUGACGGGAAACGACGGUUUUGGGCUCUGGGCAUCGGGACAGGGUUCCUGUUAGCUGUAGGGCUGAAAUAUCACGGUUAUAGUCGUGAGCGGUGUGAGUGUGAGAAAUCAGUUAACUCAAAAUACAGAGCAGCCAUAGAAAUCAGCCGCGACCUAAUUCAGCGGAUAAAGGUACAGGAUGAAGUUGGAGCUCCUGGCGUGGUCAUUGGAGUUUCUGUCGAUGGCACUCAAGUGUGGGGUGAAGGUAUAGGGUAUGCUGACUUGGAGAACAGAGUGCCUUGCGGUGUGGGAACUGUGAUGAGGAUCGCCAGCAUCAGUAAAUCUCUGACUGCAGCUGCUGUUGCUCGAGUGUGGGAAGAUGGCAAGCUGGAGCUAGAUGCUCCCGUCCAAAAAUAUGUGCCUGAAUUCCCUGUAAAACAGUUUGAGGGAAAGGAUGUCACAAUCACCUCACGACUGCUGCUGUCUCACCUGAGUGGAAUCCGUCACUAUGAAAAAGACCCCAAAAAAGUGAGAGAAGAGAAAGAGAAAGCAAAACGUCUAUUAAAGCCUCCAGAGAAAAAAGAAGAGAGAGGUUCUGAUGAGGCCGAAGAGAAAUCCACACAGCAGGACAACAGAAAGAAAAGCAAAGAUGCAAAGCAUGGCAAAAAGAAGAAAGAGUUUGAGCAGGAGGAGUACUACAUCAAAGACAGCUUCGAGAGUGUUAUCCAAGCCUUAGACCUGUUUAAGGAUGAUCCACUUAUUUUCGAGCCAGGCACUACAUUCUUAUACUCUACUCAUGCUUUCACCCUGCUGAGUGCUGUGCUGGAGAGAGCAGCAGGUCGGCGCUUCGUGGACCUCAUGAUGAACAUGUUCCGCGAGUUGGGCAUGCUUAACACUGUGCCAGACGAGAACGACCCCAUUAUCUACAACCGAUCCAGGUAUUACCAUUGCAAUAAAAAGGGCCGCAUUGUGAACUGUCCCUAUGUGGACAACUCUUAUAAGUGGGCUGGAGGGGGCUUCCUGUCCACAGUUGGUGAUCUGCUGCUUUUUGGUAACGCCAUGCUCUACAGCUAUCAGCUAGCAGACAUGACUGACACGAGCGGGUUCCUGCCAGGCUUCCUCAAACCCCAAACAGCUAAAGCUCUGUGGGCUCCUGUGGAUAAAACUGAGGCUGCGUGGAAUAAAGAUGGCUGCUAUGCUCAAGGCUGGCUGGUGGUUGAGAAGCAGCAGAAGUACGGGCAAUGUCGCAUGCGCAGGCACUACGCCUCUCACACAGGAGCUGCUGUAGGGGCGAGCAGUGUAUUACUGGUGUUACCCAGUGAGGGUCUGAAUGCUCCAGGACAGAGAGUGACUCCUCCUAAGGGGGUCGUAGUGGCCAUCAUGAUAAAUAUGCAGUCUGUAGGACUCAAUACCACUGCACUGAAGAUUGCACAUGAAUUUGAGAAGGCCAGAGACAGCUAAAGUGGAAGUAGUACAUGUCAGGGUGUGAUUAUAAGUGAUUCACAGUAUUUUAUAGAUUUCAUAUCACAAUGCUGCCCUGUUUACUUUGUUUACAAUGUUGAGAUAUGAAUGUGAGUCAACUGUAUGCAGUGUAAAUCACACUUCUCCAGUUCUUUGUAUUGUGAUACUGAUUUUAAUAUCUUUUUAUAUGAAUUGCAUAGUAUAUUGUAUAAAUAAAUAAGUGCCAAAUUUUUCUGAA